GUUUGAAAUGAAGGUGUUCAUCAUCGUGUCAAGCAUUUUAGAGACGCAGUGUUUUGAUUUUUGACAUCGACAUUCAGAUUCACACAUUCACAACAAGGGCCAUGGUUGCAGAGUAGUUUCAGCAUCUGACCAUCAAUGGUCACUAGCCCUCCACUGCUGGGUCACAAGCUAGCAUGGGGCAGUCUGCCAGUUGGUAUUCUUUCUCCAGGUGGGUUUGAUGGAUCAGCAUGGGGAACUCAAACAGCCACAAGCGGCCUGGAUGUAGCAACAAAGUGGAGCACUGGUCACUGAUUCAGGCUACACCAGUAACUGGAGUGCUGCAGUCUUGUUCCUAUGGUCGCUGGAUAAAGACGCAGCGCACUAUCUGUGGCUACGCAGACUAUGCUGAUUUCACUACUUGUCGCGAGUCCAGGAGAAGGUGUGGAGUACUUGCAAAACCUGACACUACAUGUGGGCGAUACUUUGUUCCUAGUUUCAAGUCUAAGUCUGAAUUACAGAUAGUGGAAAAACAGAAAUGGUAUAUUGGUAAUUUCAAACUUCCUCGAGUCCCUGUUCCAGACCCUCAAUGGGUUCGCCAUUCUCAACAUAAUCGCAAUCGCAGGGAAUGCAGCGUUGUUGCAUACAACAAUGGACUUGUUGUUGUUCAAAUAAACACCAAUAGGUAUUAUUUGUCACCCAAGUUCUACAUACUGGACAUCGAGACAAGCCAGGUCAUAGGUCAUUUUCUGAUGUUCUAUCACUGUAGGAGAUGGUAUGAGUGCUAUAUUUCAACAAACAAGCAUAGGAUCCUGUUACGUCCUGACAGUCUGACAAGGGUGGUAGCUUUACCUGACAAUUACCUGUUGGAAAACGUCUACAUUAAUCCUGACACCAACUACUCUAGUCUGUCUGUAGGAACCAUCCCACCAAUAUUUCGUGCUCAUGUCGUGACAUUUAAUGCCUUAGCUGGUGACAACAGAAUUGUCAUGGCAUAUCAAAAAGAUCUGGAAAUCCGUUCUGUAGAAACAUGGGAUAUUCUUUAUGGUGUUCAAAAUCUGGAGCUCCCUACAAAUAUACAGCAGAUGAAAUCCAGUCCGCUUGGUGACUUCAUAGCCUUGCGCUGCGUUCACCCUGUUCAUUGUAAGGAGUACAGUGUCAAUGUGAUUGCUUUGCUGAACUUUCGGACGCUAGACAUUUUGUUCAAAGUUGAUGUGUGUGGAUGUUAUUGGCCAGUGUCAGAGGUUAUCAAUCUUCAAGUCUUCCCCUAUUUUUCUCCUGGUGAGGCAUCCAUAUCUCUGAUGAAGAAUUGUACCUAUCACCGCAAAGUAGUCACAUACAAGCUACCGAUACCCCGAUUGAACCUGCAGUACCUGUGUCGCAGAGCAAUACUCCAUCUGACAAAUUAUAGAGAUCUGAGCAAACUGCCUCUGCCAAAGAAGAUCAUUGCCUUUCUCCAGGCUAAAGCAGUUAUGAACAAGGACAAACCAUUAUAAUUCAACCCAUAGCAAAUGUUCUGUCAUCAAGGAGAAACCAUUGUAAUUCUUCAACUGAAGCUACCGGUACAAUGUACAUGUGGGAGCCAUAAGGAACUAAUAACACACAUAUCCUUUUUGAAGCACUGUGUGUGUAAUUAACAUACAAUGUACUUCUUGCUUUAUACUAUAGUUACAAGAAUGACAAACAAAACAAUGGCGGUCUUCCUUUUUUGACUUCCGAAAACUUGAGAAGUUAUGGCAUGUAUAAGUAGGUAAACAAUGUUUUUCAGUGUUUCAGUCAUUUACACUCUGGAUCAGCCAUUGGCUAUGUAUUUAUUUGUACAGUUGGUUUGUCACAGAGCUGUCUGACUAUUAGUGAGUAGAGCUGUAGAUUGAUAUUUUUCAUAAACAAGGUAUACUGACUUGACUUAAAAUUCAUGUUAUACACAAACAAUUACAUGUUACAUAAGUUAUCAAACUGAACAAUUUCGUGCUGAAGACGUUUUUGAAUAUUUCCCAUUUAUUAUAUAAGGAUGAAUAAAAAUGAGACUAUAAAACAGAACAUAUAUAUAUUAAAGUGGCAACGAUGUGCUCCCGCACAUUUCCACACCUCAAUUGUAGUUUGAAGAGUUAAAAUAUAUUUACUGUUUCAAUACUUAUGUUUUCAUGUAUUAGUGGUGAUUCUUUAUAGAUAGAAAUAUAUUGGCAGCUACCUGGCAGCCAUAUUUCUUUGCAUGUUUAUAUUUGUAAAUGUAUAUUGUUUUAUUGACCUUCGAAAUGAUUAUGAAACAUGUGUAUUUGCACAGCAUGAUAAAAUGACACUGAUGUCAAGAAAGCUAGUAUUUUCGACUGAAAUUUCUAAGUGAAGUUAUAUAUUUUAAUUUCCAUAGAAAAGAUUGUAAAUGUAAAGCAAAAACUUUUUUUUUUUUUUAGAAACCAAAGGUGUGAUCUGUUUAAGCAGGAUUUCACCAAAGCUAUACUCUUUAAAAUGGUCAUCAAAUAAAAGCUAUACUCUUUACACAUACCACUCUGGGUGGCCCUUCUUUGGGAAGACAGUGUAUACGUAUACGUAUGUCCCAGUAAAAACUGGUUAAGUCUACUUAAUUACUGUUGUAUUAUGGCUCACCACUCCGGUUAUUGUAUCCUUAUUUGUGAUAAAAGCAUAGGAUCCUGUUACGUCCUGACAGUCUGACAAGGGUGGUAGCUUUACCUGACAAUUACCUGUUGGAAAACGUCUACAUUAAUCCUGACACCAACUACUCUAGUCUGUCUGUAGGAACCAUCCCACCAAUAUUUCGUGCUCAUGUCGUGACAUUUAAUGCCUUAGCUGGUGACAACAGAAUUGUCAUGGCAUAUCAAAAAGAUCUGGAAAUCCGUUCUGUAGAAACAUGGGAUAUUCUUUAUGGUGUUCAAAUUCUGGAUCUCCCUACAAAUAUACAGCAGAUUUGCCAAAUGAAUUCAGCAGGGUUUACAUAAUGACGUUGCCAUGCAAUAGUUAAUAUAACAUGAUAUAAUUACAUGUUUAUACAACCUAGACCAUUUGUCACUUCAUAGAUUACCAUCAAGCCAUUACAUUUCAUUGUCAUAAUAUAUAUCAAAGAACCAGAGACUGAAUGAUGUGAAUGAUGUUUAGGUUAUGAGCCUUAUAACUUUUGAUAAAUUGAACUGCAUCACCAUAGUCACCAUACAAUUCUUCUUACUUUUUGAAAACAAAAUGAAAUAGAGGCAUACAUAAUGUACAUGUAGAUGGGAGGCAGCAACUAGUCCAGCGAUAUACAAGAAUAGCUGGUCAAUGUGUUACAUUAUGUCCUUGUAUGGGUGCUUAAUCAAUCUUCAUGUGAGAAAAAAUAACAUGAUUUUUCAUAGUGUUUAACAGUACAUGUAUUUUAAAUAUAGCGGUUUUUUCAAUCAAUGUUUAUAAGACUUGCCUCAUUUUCUCUCCAUAAUAAGUUACGCAAUAGUCAUAUAUCACUGAGAAUUUUGACCUUUAACCUAUACAAAGACAGAAAACAUAGAAUUUCUUUGAUCUGCUUAAAUUACUAUUUAAUAUUUAUGUUGCAUGAACAACCAUGUCCUCGAAGAUAUUAACCUCAGUCAUAAACUACAUGUAUAUGGAUGGACCGUGAAUCUGGAACCAGAUUUCUUUUUCAUUUCACGUUGAAUUUCCACUAAGUGAUCACAAUAUCUUUGAAGCAUUAGAACAGUGUGUGUAGUCUUAUAAUAUGUCGUUUUGUCGAUAUUUGGUGAUUGUUCAUUACGUCCUGAAAAAGUGUAUAUUUUGGUAGUGAUUGUGUAGUAAUCUAAUAACAAUUUCGACAUAAGUUAUGUUUCAUUUUUUUAUAAGGGUAAUUACUACUUCCAAAAAGGUAGAAACAAUAUAAACAAUUAGACAGCAUAUAUCGAAGAACAUAUAUAUAUAUAUAUAUAAUUAUACAUCAUUUAUAUACCUAUAUAAUUAUACAUCUCUUUAGCCAAAGAUAAUUCGUGACCAAUCUGUCACCCACCAUAGGCCAAAUAGUAUCGUUGAGUAAUUAUUUCGAUUAAUACUUCUAUGCCAAAUUAUUUAUUAUUGUAAUUUUCUUGUUGAUAUAAAAUUAAGAAAUAUUGGUGCUAGAAAACAUAAUGGCAGGGGUCAGUCAAAUAUGUAACCCUAUACUUUGUAAUUACUUAUAAUUUUGAAUUAGGAGCAUCUCAGUUUUUGUAGUAGUACACACUUAGCUUGAAUGGCGUUUUAAGAAUACUGUGUCAUCAUUCAACUGUGCAAUUGUCAAGACGAUGCUUGGGAAAUGGUAGACAGAACAUAUAGAUCUGCUAAAAUAUGUUUGUGAAGUGACACGCAUGCAUUCCUUGUUAUAGUAACAGUGAUAGAAAGGGUGUGACUAUGAACUGAAGGACAUUAUUCUUCACAGGUUUUAUUGUCCCUUGUAUAACUUUUCUUUCAAUUUUUAUCAUAUCAUUGGAGAGCACAGUCCUUGCCAGAUAUAAAUAAAAAGAAAAAUACGAGAGAAUAAUCUGAUUUAAAAUAAAAACGCUUUAUAAGUGAUUUUAAAUAAUGAAAAUUCAUAAUUAAUCAUUUGAAUGAGCGUUACGAAGCAAGUUUCUGUCUUCUGUAUGACGUAAUAAUGAGUAUCGUAUCAGUAGCUGUCGUGUUCAUGGGGAACGUAAGAGAGCCUUUACCUGGAAACGACAUCAGUCAUUAUCGUUAAAGGUAAGAUAUAUAUUACCACUGGAACGAGUUCAGUCAGUUGUUAUGAAACACUGAUUUGUUAUUUUAUUGUCACAUAUAUUAAACUAUUCUUGAAUUCAUGAAAAUGUUAUUACAUGUAUAGUAGUUUAACAUUGACCAGAUAUAGCAUUAAAUAUUGACAUAAUUAUACAGUCAGGUUGUGUUUCAAGCGGUUAGUUGAGUGUCAUUUUUUGCAUGAACUAUUUUGCUUACUUACAUAAUUAUGAUGACUCUAUUGUCUUACUUUUCAGACGUGGAUAGCUAAGAGGAUUAUCUUAAUAUCGUCGUUGCCUCGACAUAUGAUGUACACUGGGUUUUGAUGCCUCUUGAAAAUAUUUGCCACGAUUUAUAAGAAUAAAGAACCCAUCCGUCUUCGUCCUUCUUUGCUGGUAACAUGCACGAGUAAUACAAACUAACCACAAUCUAAUAAAAACGAAAAAUAAAAUGUAACGGCAUCAUAGUAAAUGUGUUCUUUAACAUUUUAUUCAAAACUUUAACAGCUUGUUCAUAAUCAUGUCUAGGCAUAAUCAUAUACUGAACAAAUAUAGCUUUUUGAACAUAUUUAUAUUUAGUUUCGUACUUGAUUUCGAAGUUUGGUCCCGUUGCUUAGUGUUACAUAAUGUACGUGUUUGCGUAUAAUGCGUUUGUGCUAGUCGAACAGAAAUCUAUUCAGUGCCAUUUAUGUCCAUUUCCACUCUAACUUAGCCUGUUUACACUGUUUACAUGUGUGAACAAAACAUAAUGCUUGUUUUAUUACUUUACAUAUAGGCAAAUGGAGAAAAUUCGUCCCAUUAAACAAAAAACAAUGGACUGCUUAGAAAAUAUGUAAGUGCCCUCGUAUGUGGUGAAUAUUUACCAUAUGCAGAGAAUACUAUGUAAUGUUUUACAUUGCGCAAUGAGCAGUUUUUACAUGAGACCAUAACUCGAUUAUGAAUGUCGAAGACAGCAAACUUAGCGUCACAGCCUUUAGCGACAUUGAAGAGUUACCGAUGCCACAUUUUAAUGAUUUACGUAAGUUUAAACUCAUUGUUAUAGGAUGGAUAAUAUAAAUAUGUGUAUAGUUGUGUGUGUUUACAUUGACGAUCAUAGGAUAUAGAGGAAACGCGUUUGAAAAUUUUACUUCUUUUAGAUUUAAAAACAAACUUCGGAACUCGUUUCAUAAUGGACAUAACUUAGUCACAUACAUAAUUUUUACGCGUAUGUUUUUUUAAAAACAUUUUCCUCAUUGAAAAAAUAAACAUUUAAUGUAGAAAUAUAGAAGCAUACUGGGUGUUCUUACUGAACAGAAGCGAAUAUCCGAUAGUGAUUUGUUAAGUUCUAGUUUUUUGAAGCCUUUUUAAUUAAUCUUGUUUUACACUUUAUGAAAAUAGCAAUACACCUAUUCUUCUGUACUGAAACAUAUACCCUUCUUGGAAUCAAGAGCCAUUUUAUCUCCACAUUGAACUUAUACAAUUAUACAUUUUGUCCAAAAAUGACUGUUACUGCCAAAUGUUGCCCUUCAGAUAUACUGUUUAGUGCUAUGUGUGGAUAUAUUGGUCUUACUUAUGUGUGUUUAUAUUUGUCUUAUAUCUUCCAUUGUUUAUUUACUCUAUGAACUGCCAAAUGAAAGUCGUAAUGUGUCGUAGAUAUUUGUCAUGUUUCAUAACUUUUCAGAAUUCCUGAACUGUUGAUAUAUACCUAUAGCAUAAUUGAUGUUGCAUAUUAUAUAUUAGUAAAGAAUCGAAAUAUGUGAAAAUAAAAUAUUUAAAUGUAUUUUUGUCAGAAUCACUCAGUCAAGAACGGUUUGGCUUCUUCAACGUUGGUAAAAUUAGACAUUAGUAAUACUAACAAGAACACAUGAGCAUCCAAUGACAUAGUUUGCCUUCCAAAUCAAAGAAAUAUUUAUUUAUUUUUCCCCAGGAUAUAUAUAUUUUGUCGCUCGUACAAUACAAUACAUUUAAAUAUCACAUUUGGAAAGUUCAAUUAUAAACAUCCAUGCAGAAAUAAUAUUUUCCUCGCCCAGCACUCGAAAUAACUUUUAUUAUGUCCAUUUUAACUUUAUUUUGAUAAUCGAAAUACAAAUGUUGAGGUUGGUAAUACUUUAAAAGUUCGAUGUUUGAAGAUAACAAUUGACAGGCACUUUAACUUCUUUAAUUUGAUGAGCAUUGUUCUAGUAUGAUGUCAUCAGGUUGUGAACGUGCUAUUUGUGCUGUGAUCAUGACGUGACCAACUGUAACACAGGUGUUUUUUGUUACGAUGCGCAUGAAAUCGUGAAUAUUAGAUAAUUCCAAUCUUCAAAUUUUGGUUUUGUAUAUAUAUAUAAAAACCUGAAACAUUUUCGCGGAUUUUUUUACUUAUUAAAAUGGAUUGUAAUUGUAAAAUUUACUAUAUACAUUUGAAUUGUAACAUAGUUUGCAUGUUUAACUAUGAUAUACUUUUAGAUCAACAUUCGAUCCAAUGGUUGUACACUAAUAAUAGUUCAUUAUUGUUUCUUUUGCCUUUUCCAUUAAAUUUGAACUUCAUUGAACAAAGUUGCAAUAGUGCAGUAAUUUUAUAGUCUUAAAGUUUGUAUACGCUCGUCAACAUUUUGACUAGAUAUUAUGGUGUUUGGAGUGUACACCCGGUCACGCAUUGAUUUCCUUGAAACGUCUCUGAAUGUAAUGAAAAUCAAUAGCAAGAAACAAGCAGAAUACACAAAGACAUAGGUCGAAGUUGAGCAAACUGCACAACCAAUUCGCAUACUGGGCUCCGUUUGGUUGGUAGUUUCUGCACAUUAACUGGAUUAAAUAACAACCAUAGUAUACAAUGACAAAAGGAUAAGUUUGAAUUUGAAAAAAUGCACAUACUUAAUUUGCAUACUACACUCUAAGUGAUCGACGUUUCCGAACAAUUACUAAAACAAUUGACCGGAUUCUGAUGAAACUUAAUAUUAUUGUAUCAAGACAAAGGCUAAGUUCGAAGUUGAACAAAAUCUGCCCUUGGCAUUGGACGCGCGUAUCAUUGAUCAUUUAUUAGGGGUGGAUGAGGGUUUUGCAAAUAUUAUAUUACACAAGAAAUCUGUUUGCCUGUGUUAACAUUAGUCAAUUUUCUUUUUUAACAACAAAAGCUUCAUACCAAACGUUUAAUCUUUUUGUACAUCUUCCCUUUAACCAAAGUAUAUAUAUUAUAUUUAUUGAUACGGAAUAUGAGUCGUUAUUGUACCUAAAUCCGUGUCCAGUGGAGCAUAUUUUAUGCAAUAUAUAAACUGUAUAUUAAUGUGGAUUAACCGUAUACUUUCCUAUCAAUUAUGAUAUUGAUUAUGAUUAUUUAUUUUGGAUUUGUUUCUACAAUGAUUUUAGAUAAUGUUAUCACUUACGUAUCAUGUAUAUAUUAUUCACCCUUGGGUUUCUAGGUUGAGUCCCAUGUGAUAUAAGCGUCACAUUCUUUGUUGUUUUGAUUUACCAUUAUUUGUUGUUUUAAUUUUUAUUUAUUUGUCUUUUUUUCUUUAGUAACACUUGGUUGAUUGGAAUACGAUAAACUUUGUUCAAUAUUUUUUAUUAAAUACGAGUGAUUUAUGAGAUACCCUUAGCGGUAUCCAGUUAGUGAUCAACCACUGCUUCCUAAUCGUUGAGUUUUAAUUCAGUGGACUUAAUUCAAUUGCGGUUAAAACAUGUAUAGCCAUGAUACCUGAUAAUAAAGCGUUAUAUCUGCAAAGCUCAUCUAUUUGAAAAUUUGGUCAGCCUAAUUCCAUGAACAAAUAGCAUUGAAUGUUCAAUUUGUCGUGUACCAGUCAUAGUACAUGUCACACCUUGGUAUUUAUGCCCUUGUUCAACGACGAUAAUGGAAUCAGAUUGAUAGUUGUUGCUUGUAUGAGAUUUCGAACCGAGUAUUCGAGUACAGCGAGAUUCGCAUGCUAGUAUGCUAAAAGAUAUAGUAUUUAUCUUUUAUUUAGUGCUUUUAAUGUGUUGUGCCAAGUUUAUUUAAGCUUAGUGUUUCAUGCCAAAUGCAGUUAUCAUUAUAUAUUGGUUGUUGUUUUUUUAUCUAUUUAUUUUAUUGUUCACGUAUGGUUUUUCAUAUUGCAGUGUGUUCAUUAGCUUAAUGAUGAUGUUUUGUGUCGAAAACUGACGAUGUCUAUAUUGUUGAUCCUAUUUAUUCGAUCAUGACUGCAACAUACUUUAAACACACUUAUGUAAGUGUUAUUACAGCUUCAUAUCCUGAGUACAAUUGACUUGCUAUUAUUGAUUACUGCAUCUGCAAAAAGCUUUAAUUUCAGUGGUAUUUUCUCUUCGAUAUUGAAAAUACGAAUCCAUGCAAAUCUGAACACGUGCAUUCACCUUACCUUCAUGGUCGUAAAAAUAACUUAGUGAGAAAAUAACUCUCUAUAAUUUGCAUUACUAGAUCUUUUUUCGAUAGACAAUAACGUUAAACUCUAGUUGGUUCUACCUAAUACAGAAAUACGACUCGUAGUCUAUAUGAAUUUUGUCAUUUCAUAUAUGCUACCUGCAGAAACUUUCAACGACUUCAGCUGAUAUGGCUGGAUGAUGAGCUUGAUAAGCUGUUUCAGCAAGUAAAAUUCAACAGUAACAAUAAUACAAAAUCCGGAAUGGAAAACAUCAGUCUAUUAUUACUAUUAUUAAAUAGGUAUUCUGUUCCUAAAGUACAUUAUACACACUAGCAAGCACGGUGAUAUAAAGCAUGAUAAUAAAACAUUUUGAUAUGUUGGUAAUUUCACCAGAAAUAAAACCGCAUAAUUAAGACCGCUAUAUACUUGCGUUUACAGUAACUAUAAUGAAUGCAGUUUGUAGCGUCAUUUUUCCGUGCAGAUUGAAUUUGUUAUUUAUUGUGUUGUUUUUAUUGUAAUAUUUAGAAUAAAGUGGUCAAAAUAG